AUGAAGUCAUUCUCGAGCUCAGCUAUCAAUAAAUCGGGCAAAAAAUUUGCGCCGAAGGCGCCAGUUCGUCGCGCUGCGCCUGUCGCGCCGGCGCGACGGCCCAGCGCUGUUCAACAAGCACAAGCCCAAGCUGCUCAGGCUUCUCAAGCUGCAGAACAGACAAAAGAAAAAUUGGAUGCGACCACGGCUGUAUCGUCCACUCCUCCAUCUUCGGUUCCUCUGGCCGUAUCCGAGCAAUCCACUGUCGUUGAAGAAGCACCCGUCGCUCCAGUACCCCGUCCUAAAGAGCCAGUGCGCACAGCACCGAAACCAGCUACAUCUAUUCAGAUCCCCCGUCCGAAGGCAAAGCCACCAGUCUCAGUACCAAAUUCUCUCCCAACUCCUGCACCAUCACCCGCAGUCCCUACGACAACCACCCCAAUCUCUACCGCAGAUGAACCGACUUCUCCCCGCACUCUACCCUCUGAGCCGACUGUUGUGCAAUCCAUUGAACAUGACGUUGAAGAUGCCGUUGCAAACCAAGUCGCUUUCGAAACUGCACAGCCUAAAGAAAUCAGAACCGCAGAGCCGCUUUCUGCUCCAGUACCAGGCCCUCAACCUCAGACGACAGCACCUAUAUCAUUGAAGGGAGCAAAGAAAACCUCUGAAAUUACUAGAAUUAGGGUCCAGCCACGUCCUAGAGGUCCUAUUGCAACUCCGCCAAGCACUCAAACCGGGGCAUCGGCAGCAGACCGCACAAGUGCAACGCCCGGAAACUCCGUGGCACGCUCUUCCGUGACACUUUCAACUCCGGAGCCAAGUCAAGCAUCAACAACACGAAAGCGCAAAGCUUCAAAGGCAGGAACUUCGGACGUCGAUGGAUCCGAACAGCCCAAAAAGGCUCGCCGACGUAAGCGUCAACCCACGCCCGAAGGUGCGGAGUCGGUAGAAAUCCUUUCGAAUGUCAUCAAAAUGUCAGAACUCUGCAAGGAUGUGAAGUCCGGUAAAAAAUCGCAGCGAGAGAUUGCACUCCGAAAACUCGAUCAAGAGGCGCUAGAGCAGAAGCAGAAGGCAAAGAGUGGAACGCCCGCAACCCCCCAGGCCGCCAAAGACGAGGGGAGCAAAGAAGAUUCUGCGCCGGAGAAGGCAAAUGGUCCCGUUAUGCGCAUCGUCAAUGGUGAGAUUGUGCUGGAUGCCGCAUCACUUCAAGUGGAUCGACACGCGGAUGCAGCCAGGAAUGCCGGUGAUAUGGACGUUGUUGAGGAAAACCAACUCACUCGAAAGGUCAACCAGGACACUUAUGGCAAGCGUACCAAAACAGAAUCCUGGGAUGAGGACAUGACCGAUCUAUUCUACCGUGGGCUUCGCAUGUUCGGAACCGAUUUCAUGGUCAUCAGCAAAAUGUUCCCUGGACGAAACCGCCGGCAAAUAAAGCUCAAGUUCAACAACGAAGAACGCAAAAACCCGGAUCGAAUUAAAGAUACUCUGCUUGGCCCUCGAGAGUCUAUUGACAUCCAAACAUAUUCAGAGAUGACCAAUACAACUUAUGACGACCCCAAGGUCAUUCAAAAAGAAUUGGAUGAAGAGAAGGUGAAGAUUGAGGCCCAGCACGAGAAAGAAAAGGCACUUCAGGAAGAAAUGAUCCGAAACCCUACCACGGGUGGGGCGGACGCUGCUGAUGAUAAAGACAACGCUGCGCCCAUCAAGGGCAAAUCACGCAGCAAUAAGAAGCAAAUCAAGAGUGCCGGCGGUGGAACAGAAGAGGUGCUGGGGACUAUCGACGACUAG